AUGCACGUGCCUUUUUUGAAUACUGGCGCCUUGUCGCUGGCGGCUGUGUCGCUUCUUGCAUCUAGUGUUACUGCUGAAGUUUUUGAGCAGCUUGCUGCUGUCCCUCAAGGAUGGCAUUACUCCCGUACCCCGAAGUCCAGCCAGUCCAUUAAGCUACAGGUAGCUUUGGCACAGGGUGAUGUCCCUGGAUUCGAGCAGGCCUUGAUGGACAUGUCAACCCCUGACCACCCACAAUACGGCGAGCAUUUCCGAACACACGAUGAGGUGAAACGUAUGCUGCAACCAAGUUCAGACUCAGUAAAUGCGGUUCGCGAAUGGUUAGAAGAUGCUGGCAUCACAAAUAUUGAGGAGGACGCCGACUGGAUGAAAUUCCAGACAGAUGUGGAAACUGCCAACAAGCUGCUGGACGCCAAUUUCCAGUACUACGUCGGCAACGGAAAACACGAUGAGCGACUUCGAACCCUGCAAUACUCUGUUCCGGACGCAUUGGUCCCACACGUCAACUUGGUGACACCGACCACUCGCUUCGGCCAACUCCAUGCUAACCGCGCGACUAUUCACUCCAAGAAGAAGGACGCAGACGAGACUUUCCGCAAGGCCACUCACUAUGCCAGCAAGGACUGCAACAGCGCUAUUACACCCCAGUGUCUGAAGGAUCUGUACUCGAUUGGUGACUACAAGGCUCAGUCCGACAACGGUAACAAGGUUGGUUUCGCAAGUUACCUGGAACAAUAUGCCCGGUACUCCGACCUUGAAUUGUUCGAGGAGAACAUCGCCCCUUAUGCCCAAGGACAAAAUUUCAGCGUCAUUCAAUACCACGGAGGUGGCAACGACCAGUCUUCAUCCAAGGAUAGCAGCGAAGCCAACCUCGAUCUCCAAUAUAUCGUGGGAGUCAGCUCCCCCGUCCCCGUCACUGAAUUCAACACCGGCGGUCGUGGCCCUCUUGUCCCAGACCUGGACCAGCCAGAUCCCAACAACGAUAACAACGAGCCUUACCUCGACUUCCUCCAGAACGUAGUCAAGAUGAGCGACGAAGAUAUCCCCCAGGUAAUCUCCAACUCAUACGGUGAAGACGAGCAAAGUGUGCCAGCAAAAUAUGCCCGUAGCGUGUGUAACUUGUACGCCCAACUCGGCAGCCGCGGUGUAUCCAUCAUCUUCUCAUCCGGUGACUCCGGUGUCGGUGCCGCAUGUCAAACAAAUGACGGCCAGAACAAAACCCACUUCCCUCCCCAGUUCCCCGCCGCUUGUCCCUGGGUGACAUCCGUCGGUGCAACAACCCACACAUCCCCUGAAAGAGCCUCCACCUUUUCAUCCGGCGGGUUCUCCGAUCUCUGGGCCCGUCCCAAGUACCAAGAUGCUGCCGUCAGUGCCUACCUCACUAAACUAGGCAACAAGUGGUCUGGACUAUUCAACCCCAAGGGCCGCGCUUUCCCCGAUGUCGCUGCCCAGGGCCAGAAUUUUGCUAUCUACGAGAAGGGCCAUCUAAGCUCUGUUGAUGGUACAUCUUGCUCAGCCCCUGCAUUCGCUGGAGUCAUCGCUCUUCUCAACGAUGCCCGUAUCCAAGCUGGUCAGAAGCCAAUGGGAUUCCUCAACCCCUGGUUAUAUGGUGGCGGCCGUGCUGCUUUGAACGACGUUACCGCUGGUGGCAGCACUGGAUGUGAUGGCAAUGGCCGUUUCAGCGGUCCUUCUAAUGGCGGUCCAUCUGUUCCUUAUGCAAGCUGGAACGCUACUAAGGGCUGGGAUCCAGUCACCGGGCUUGGAACACCUAACUUCGCUAAGAUGUUGAAGGCUGCUAAUGUGAACUAG